CAUAAUUCAUUUCACCUUAUCCGCACUCAUUCAUCCCCUUUCACUACAAAAUUCUCAUUUGAUGCCUCCCCUCUCGUUUCCAAACCCUGCAAUUCCAGAAAGAGCUCCUACAGCGCAGUUGGGUUGUAAAUGGCCACAGCAUCAGCAAUACUUUGUCCGGCCACGGUGACUGCCAGAAUCAGGAGCUCCGGCAGCAAAACCCAGAAGGGAGAGAAGAAAGUGGUGUACGUAGCAGGGCUGAACAGCUUUGGGGGCCUAAAAGCUCACAACAGCGUGGUAGCAAUGGGCGUUCCGGUGUGCACUGAACAGUGCUUUGCAAAUGUGGUGAGCUCCUUGAAAGCAAAAGGAAGAGGUGGCGGUGGUGCCCUAUCUUCCACAUGCAGCGCUGCUUCUGAAAUAUUCAGGAUUGCUGCCAUCAUGAACGCCCUUGUGCUCAUUGGGGUUGCUGUUGGAUUCGUUCUUCUCCGAAUAGAGGCAUCUGUGGAGGAAUCUGAGUGACUACACUCUUCUUCACAGUAAGAGAAAUCAAAUCAGCCUUCUUCUCUAUCGAGAUUGUGGCUUUGAUUCUUCUUUUUCCAAUGUAGAUCUACAUUGUUUUGGUUUGUUUAAUUGAAGCUUCAUAAAACGAGACAGCAUUGGAUUUUAUCCUUCCA